AUGAAAAUCUUUGGUCGUGUGAAAGUUUUAUUUUUUGAGGUUUCUUUGAACUCAAGAUUAAAUUUGGUGGACCUGUCUGGUAGCGAGAGGAGUGGAAAGACGGGUGCAGAAGGGGAGAGGUUGAAAGAAGGCACUGCUAUUAACCAGAGUCUCACGAAUUUGGGUAUAUGUAUCAGGGAACUGUCGGAAAAAAUGGGAAAAUUGUCUUCUGGUGGAGAAUACCACAUACCAUUUCGGAAUUCUAAGUUGACAUUUUUGUUGAAGGAUUCUCUUUGUGGAAACAGCCGAACUUUUAUGAUUGCUACUAUAAGCCCGUCCUCAUCUGAAACUGAGGAAACUCUUGGUACUCUUAGAUUUGCCAGUAGUGUGAAGACCAUCAAGACUUCAGCGAGGCAGAACUUCGGCACUCAGGGUUUGGUACAAGAGCUGCAAGCUGAGAUUAAGAAUCUGAAAAGAGAAGUGGAGGGGUACAGACAAAUUGCCUUUGAAAAAGAACGAAAUCAGAUUGAUAUUGUAGCCCAUCAGAAGCUUCUGGAAGAGCUGAGGAUGCGGGAGAAGACUAUAGAUUCGAUGAAAGAACGUUAUCGAAUUGCCCCGAAUGCAUUGCUGACGGUGGGAUCAGCAGCAGAUAACGCGGUGGUACUGCAAGGCUUGGGAAUAACUAGACACCUAGCAGCUAUCGAAACGACAGAUGGGAUGGAGGUAGUGCUGAAGUUGUGUGGGGCUGCAUCGAAAUGCAGGCUCUCUCGAGUGAAUCCUGAGGCUGUGAGGGAAGCGACGAAAGUGUUGGGAGAGCUAUGCUCAGCGGUGGACGAGGCUAAUGAGAUUUCGGAAGAUCUAAAACCGGUUCAUAAGUAUUCUUUCGAGAUUGGCUCGAUGUUUUCGGGAGAUGACGAAAAUGAUGGUAACAAACUGUUGAUGGAAUGCCCACUGUAUGGUGAUCCGUGGCGUGAGGUGACUUUGGAGGAAUUGGAGGAGUUACGGACUGAAGCAGUGGUGGCUGAUAGGAAAUCUGCGGUGUUGAGAGAAAGCGCUAGGAAAGUUGCUAUGCUGAGUGGAAUAAUUGGAAAAUUCAAAAAGCAUCCAAAGGCGGCUGUCGUUGGUCGAGACGGUUUCGAGGGGGAAGAGGAAUCAAAUAAAGUUGGGGAAAUGGUUCGAAAAGCAUUUGGUGAUAUGAGGAGGCAUAUAGGGAUGAUAGGGGACCUUAAAGCGUAUCCUUUUGAUGAGGAACCUAAGAUAUGUUUCUCAUGA